AUGAACUACAUGCAAGAGUGGUGGGUGUCCAUUGGCAUUCUGUUGGUGGUCCUGCAGUUUGUCUUUUCCAUUCUGUUUUCCGCAUGGACAUUCUGCUAUCGAGAGCAUCCCAUCAUCAAAGCAUCCCAACCGCAAUUCUUGUGGAUGAUUGCCUUUGGCUGUUGUGUCAUGGUCACUAAGUGCCAUUAUUCCCAUGUUGCCACAAGGAGAAUAUCGCCAUGUCCAAAAUCCACUCACGGGACGGGAGACCAAUAUACCCAAUCCGGAAAUUGCAAAACUCGAUGCGGCGUGCAUGGCAUUGCCGUGGAUGGCCUGGCCUGUCUGGGAUUCACCAUUAUCUUUUCCGCAUUGUUUGCCAAGAUUUGGAGAAUCAAAAAGAUCCAUUCCCAUGCCGAGCGGUUCCGGCGUCAAGAGGUCAUGAUCCGAGACGUCAUCAGUAUCAUGGUCGUCAUGUUGGUCGUGGAGACUGCCGUCUUGCUCACGUGGUCGUUGGUGGAUCCUCUUCAGUGGAAUCGUACCGUCUUGACGGAAGAUGCCGAUGGGUAUCCCAUUGAAUCGGCGGGAUCCUGUAGUUCGGAUUCUACCGUCUACUUUUUGUCCACGCUGGCGGUCUUUAAAGGUGGCUCGUUGCUGUAUGCACUCUAUUUGCGCUGCAUGGAUCACCCGUCGCAUCCCUUCGGACUUUCAAGAAGGUCGAUGGAUUGCAUUCGCUACCGUCACGUUUCUCAUUUUUGGGCCAAAGUUGUGGAAAUUCAUUUGGAUGGAUCCCAACAAUCCAUGGAUAUGUCUCUUGUGGUUCGCAAAUCCGCCAUGAAUUCUUCGACAAUCCCCAAUCCGCAGUAUGUCAAACGCAGGAUUUCACGAGACGUGCCGUCUCCACAACAACUGAGAAAUGGAGUCCGAAAGAGCCACAGUGUCGUGGAAGCGGCGUAUCGCAUCCCUUCCUCCGGCGAGUUUGAAAAUAAUGAUUCGGAACCCGACAACGUUGAGAUGGCGCUCCAACCGCUGGAGUGUGCUUCGAACGAUGAUGCCGAGGAUGCCCGGCCGAUGUGCCCACUGGUUCGUAAGAAUCGUCAUUCUGGACUGCGGAUUCGUUAUUGA